UUGGUUUGAAACAUGUCACAGACUUUGUUUUCACUCCUGUACCGUUAAAUACGCAAAUAUUUGCAUGAGAGAAGAUACCUUUGCAACAUAAUUUACCGUCGGUGAAAUCUGGAUUCAGUGAAGCAUUACUUACUUAUAGCAACCGUCCUGUUGAGUCUUUAUGUAGCAAACAAGAAGAAAUAAGCCUCUCACUGAAUAAUAAAAGACUUUCAUUAGUAGACAACUGUCCGUGAUCUUUAUUUUAUCGGAACGACCCACUCUGACAGGGCUUAAUAUCAUCAGGUACACUUGGUACACAAGGUGGCAAACACAAGUUUGUUCAGUUGUGGAGUGAACGGUGCCAUGAGGCGUGACUCAUCGUCACUGUCUUUGCUUCCCUGACGAUGCAAUAAACUGGUCAACAGUGGAUGUGACCCGGGACUUGGCAGUGUCCAUCGUGUAGUCGUGGCCAGUGGCUACUGUUCAGGCGACAACGUGCUUUGCACGGGAACCACGUGAUGACCUCUGCCAUCCAAAGAGAGGCUCCGACAGUCUCGUGGAAAUCUUUCUUUUCCAACACGUACAAUCGGUGUUCCUGUGCGUUGGUCUUUGAACGAUUCUUCCCUUGGUUCUAGGCUCUGAAUGUGAGGAGGAUUUGUGAGAGGAUCAAGGAGUUCAUUGUUCUUCGUGUAAAAUUGUGAAAAAUAGUUUCAUCUUCAUGAGCAUCGUCAGGAGCUGUGCAUCUUCCCUGUUGAGAGUUUGCCGAGGGAGAGGCAGAGGGAGAGGUAGGGCGAGACGUUGAGUGUACACAGGUGCCUCUGCUAGUCUGUCUUCUUCACACAUUUCUUCUCCUGUCAUUGGAUGUCCACGGCUUUGAGUUGACAUGAAGGACAACCUGACCUACAUCAACACCACGGGAUUUGCCGACUUUUGUGGGGGAUCAGAGUUCUGGAACCUUACUCGCCUGAUCAACAACAGUUGGCCAGAGUUCACCCCCUGCUUCCGGUACACGGCGCUAGUGUGGGGGCCGUGCGGGUGGCUAUGGCUUACCGCCCCUGUCAACAUUCACUAUCUCUACACUCAUCGCCUAAAGGAGAGACUCCGGUCAAGCAAGAGAAAUAUAGCGAAAAUCUUCGUGUGUCUGGUGCUGAGCCUGCUGUCCAUGCUGGAGGCCUUUGUGGGCAGACACGAGUCUCUGGAUGGUAUCCACAUCUUCACCGCAGUCUACGUCAGCUGCGGGGUCAAGGCUGCGACCUUUGUGCUAGCUGCAGUACUCACUCUGCUCGCCGGGUAUCGGGGGUGACCUCCUCGUGUGUGUUGUUCAUCUUCUGGUUUCUCACGCUGUGCGCCCACGUGAUACCUCUCUACACCUUGUUCAUACAGGAGGUCGCCGACAACAGUUUCAUUCUCUUCGCCAUCUUCAUUUUUUCCUUCACUUUCAUCGCAAUUCAGUUUUUUUUUCACUGUGUGUCGGAAUCCAGGGGAGACCAUUCCCAUUCUUCUACUCAAUCAGGCCAGAGGCCGGAGAAUCCUGAGCACAACGCUUCAUUUCCCUCAAAAGUGACCUUUCACUGGGUCACGAGCCUUAUCAGAAAGGGAUACAAAUCAACACUUUUCCCCAAAGAUGUUUGGGAUCUUCCCCCUGGCUUCAAGACGUCUGCGAUAUUCCCGGAAUUUAUUCGGCGUUGGACCACAGAGGUCGCAAAAGUCAGAAAACCCUGGUGAGUAGAAAUGUUGCACUUGUC